UUCUCUAUGAAAUAUCAACUAAAUAAUAUAUGUAAGUGGUGUCUGAUUAGAAAGACACACGACGUAAGUUGUUUACAAAACAAAUAUGGAAGACGUGCAGCAAGAGGCAGAUAAAAAGAAUUGUACUUUUUUAUUUAAAAAAAGAAAAGUACGAGGUAAAACGUCAAGAAAGCGUAAAGGAAAUGAAGAAGAUGAAAGUAGCGAAGAUGAAACUACGGUUGUUAAAAAAGAGAAGAAGCUCGACGAACGUAAUCCGAUGAGACAAAGUACAAACACAAAGCGAUAUCAUCACAAAUCUACCAAUGAUGACAGUAGCGAGGAUGAUAGUGUAACUGUUUCUUAUAAAAGUAACAAGACGCCUAUGCCAGCAGGACCAAGCGAUCAGGGGGCAACUGCUGUUCUAGAAACAGAAACUGAAAAGGAUAAAGAUGCCCAAGCUUUGUUUGAGAAAGCUCAGAAGAUUAAUGAGGAGCUUGAAGGAAAAGAAGAUGAUAAAAUUUAUAGAGGUCUUAAUAAUUAUGCACAGUAUUAUAAAAAAAGAGAUACUGCAGCAGGAAAUGCAUCCAGCGGUAUGGUUCGCAAAGGACCAAUUCGUGCUCCGGCUAAUCUCAGAGCAACAGUUAGAUGGGAUUAUCAACCGGACAUAUGCAAGGAUUAUAAAGAGACUGGGUUUUGUGGUUUUGGAGAUAGUUGUAAAUUUCUUCAUGAUCGCUCGGAUUAUAAACUGGGAUGGCAAUUAGAAAGAGAAGCAGCUACUGGAGAAUACAACAACAGCGGAGAUGAAGAUGACAAGAAAUAUGAGAUUGAUAGUGAUGAAGAAUCUCUUCCAUUUAAAUGUUUUAUUUGUAGAAACAGUUUUACCGAUCCAGUUAUUACAAAAUGUAAACAUUAUUUCUGUGAAAAGUGUGCUUUAGAACACUAUAAGAAGACUACGAGAUGUUAUAUUUGCAAUGUACAGACAAAUGGUGUUUUUAAUCCAGCUAAAGAGUUAAUUGCACGAACUAAAUUAGAAGAAAAGGAAAAACUGCUGGAAGAAGAUAGUAUGUCUGACGAUUAAUGGGAAUAUAUAUAUAUGUAUGCUUUUAAUAAGGAUUUUUAUGCAUAUUUUUAUCAUCUAUCCUCGUAAACAAAGUUUAAUAGUCUAAAGAAUGUAUAAAAGAAGAAUGUUUUUUUUUCGACGAAAAGUUUUAAUCACUGGAUUAGCAUUCCACGGUAAGAAACUUCUAGCGAAAUAAAAUUUUGUAAAAAAUGUA